AUGGUUGUAACCGCAAAGACCCCUGGCAGUGGCAUCAACAUCGGCAUUCCGAGCACGACCGUCACCAUGGCUGAAGCGACUAAGGUUGGACGUGUCAUGGCCGCCUACUUCGGCACUGUGCCAAGAGGCAGAUUGGCGAACGUUGUCGGCCUGCACGCCGCGGUGCCAGCCCAAGAAUUGGCAGCCAAAACCUUCCGCGCGGUCAUUUACAAGAUCCAAAGCGAGAAGUUCGGUCGAGAUUCGUUCAUCCAGAAGUUUGUUCGCGGUAAGGUGAGCACUUCCAACUUCCAUACCCAACAGAACAAUCUUGCCAUCGACGCGCGCAUCUGUGAGUUUCCAGUCGCGAACGAAACUCAAACCGACAUCGAUCUUCGCGCCACCAAUCGUCAAGCAUACCUCGCUGCAAUGGCAGCGAGUGAACAGCUCUGGAUCAAUACGUACACUGUCGGAUUUGAUGAGGCCAAGGUUGCGCAUGGUAAAGCGAAGGGUGCGAAGAAGGUUCGUUUGGCACGAACACGCGAGCUCUAUCGCGUCAUGAAGGAAGCACCACCGCGCUGCAAUGUCAACCUUGCGACCCUUCUGAGCAAAGCUCAAGCUGAAAAGGAAAGGAUGAUUCCGUUAUCACUCCGUGCGUUCGACGACCGAUUCGAAUUCUGGUUCGAAAACGCUCAACGAAAGGACGUUAUAGCCUCGCACUUUGAAGCUAGUAUACUGGCUGGUGUGGAUAUCCGUCGCAUGGCCACCGACGCAGCCCCCGUAUCUGGAGAAGCUCCCAUUCCUCCCUUUUACACAAUUGUCGCAAACCUUUUCGGACACGCUUGCGACCUUCUCCACGAGCAUAUCGUGGGGCCGUUGGAGCUGAAGCGUAAUGAGCUCCUGCGGAACAAUCGUUCUCGUACCACGGUCUCGUACGACAUGCCAGUUGCUAGAUACAGUGCUUGCUACUAUUCCAUCGACCGUCUACAAUAUGAUUUUGGACUCAAUGAUGUUACGACUGAGUAUGGAGGCUGGACCGACAUUCCGGUCUUGGUCCCAGAAACUCGAGGCGAGAAGCGCUCGGCGCCCCAAGAAGAUGGAAGGGAUGUCAGACAGAUGGAUAAAAGACCCUGUGUCGCUGCCGUAUAG